CGGCAGCAGCAGCAGCAGCAGCACUUGGGCCAUGGCGGAGGACGAGCCGCAGAAGCAGCAGCUGGACAUGCCACUGGUCCUGGACAAGGACCUGACCAAGCAGAUGCGGCUGCGCGUGGAGAGCCUGAAACAGCGUGGGGAGAAGCGCCAGGACGGUGAGAAGCUGCUGCGGCCGGCGGAGUCCGUGUACCGCAUCGACUUCAUCCAGCAGCAGAGGCUGCAGUUCGAGCGCUGGAACGUGGUGCUGGACAAGCCGGGCAAGGUCACUAUCACCGGCACCUCGCAGAACUGGACACCGGACCUCACCAACCUCAUGACGCGCCAGCUGCUGGACCCGGCUGCCAUCUUCUGGCGCAAGGAGGACUCAGAGGCCAUGGAUUGGAACGAGGCUGAUGCCCUGGAGUUCGGCGAGCGCCUGUCGGAUUUGGCCAAGAUCCGCAAGGUCAUGUACUUCCUCAUCACCUUUGGUGAAGGGCUCGAGCCUGCUGACCUCAAGGCCUCCGUGGUGUUCAGCCAACUCUGAUGGGGUCACCCACUGCCCCCUCUGCCCCCGCCCUGUCCCUGCCUGGACCUCCCACAGUGGGUUUUGAGGGACAUUCUUCUAGUUGCUCAGCCUGUGCUCUGUGUGGUCAGAGGCCCCCUUAGUCCAUGUCCUCCUCUCCUUUACCCUGGUGUCAGAGCUCUGCCUCCCAGGAAGAUCCCACCGCUCUGUAGUCUAGAAACUACACUGGCCACUGAGGCCACCCCCGUAGAUGAUAGAGACCUGGUAGGGGCUCAUAUGGCAGGUGGAGAGGCUAUGGGCACCUGCCUUCUCUGCUUCAUUGUGAGGGAGUGAGACCAAGAGAGACAGAGAGAUUCAAACCAGUCAUCUGGCUUUCUCCAGAGACGGGGAGAUGGAGAUGACAGGAGCAACCUCCUUGGGGAAUCCAGGAAGCAGGCUCUGCUCUCCGAUGGACAUGGCACCUUGGCCACCCUUGUCAGGAGCUGAACACCCAGCUUGAGAACUCAGGAAGGUGCUGCUUCUGCUUUGACCCAGUGUGGUCCCAGGAUGCCUCAGGGCCCCCAGGACGUGGGGCAAGGUUGCUGCAGGGCUAAUGUGGGUGGUGGUUUGCAGCCCAGUUCUGGUUCCGGUGGAUGAAGGGGAGCUAUAUAAAGUCACACAGAUCUACCUACCUACCUAUAUAUACACACACAUCGAGAUGGAUGCUGUAUUCCUACAGGAGUAUCCAAGGAUCUAUCCCUGCCCUGUGGACAAGUCUGAUUUUGACAAGUUAUCCAUUGAACAAUUGCUGCUGGUUCAAGGGUGACUCUUGGCAGGGGCUUGACUGACAAGACCUGGGGGCUUCCUGAGCAGGGAGACCUUGAGAUUAAUACAGUGCAGUGGAAGUAGUUUAGUAAAGGGUUUUCCUCUGCCUGGGAGGGAGACUGGAUACAGGGGAUCCAGGGCCCUGGGAGCUGGAGACAUUGUGUCUGGAAGAAGUGUCUGGAAGCAGGGCUCCCCAGAUCACUGGCCAGAGAAAAGCAGGUAUUCCUCCUACUGGAGCAUCUCUUGGCAUUUCCUGGGCUGCUUGAGUGGAGCUAGGGGAGGGUGUGGAUGAAGCCUAAGGGGGUGGUUAUAAGGGCUGAUGGUCUGAAGUGGGCUGGAGGUGGCAGUGAUGUGACUCUGUCCUUGGAGGUCAUUGGGGGCAAACCAUUCACCAGAUAUGGAAACUGAGGCAGUUACCAGCAGAUUCCCCUUCCCAUUACACAGGCGCAAAGCCCCCCUUUUUGAGGAGUCUGACCUGCUGCCUGGUAUCAGACAGGGGCACCUUCACAAGUGCCUCCAACGCCUUGUCUCAAGGCUGGCUCUGUCUUGACCCUGGCCAGAGACACGCUUUGACAGGGCCAUCAGGGCACUUGGCUCUGAAAAUGGAAGUGCUGAGACCUGGCGGGUCAGAGCCAUCCCCAGUGGUGGGGCCGAUGGGGGCGGGCCCCCUCUGAGCGGUGUGGAAGGUCGUGUGGGGUCAGGAUUCUGUAGUGGGAGACUGGCUGUGGUGAGCUCUGGUUCAGUGUAACUCUGGCUCUGGGGUCUGUUCUGGGACAUGUUUGGGGAAGUGCUGGCCUUGCCUGUAGCCAUUGCUGCCUUAUUCUCUGCUCACUGUGGAGGUCGGGGGUAGGUCAGACCCCUGGGAAGUCCUCCCUUUCUGCCUCUUUGCUUGACCUCUCCCUGUAGUUCUGGGGACCCCCAGACUGAUUAUCCCUGCCUCUGUCCCAUCCCAUCUUCCUGUGGGGUUCCAAGUGCCUCUGCCGUGCCCACUGCGCGUGCCCAAUAAAGGCUGUGUGCCCUGCC